AUUUAAAUACACCAGAAUCGAAGUGAACCUCAUCGCCUCCGUAGCAGCCCAAGUUACAACGAAGUGAACCUCAUCGCCUUCAUUGAAUCCGUCGCUGCUCGAGUAACCCUCAAGGCUUCUAUCUGGGCGGAGAGGGGUUCUAUUCAUGGGCUGCGCCGCCUCUAAACUCGACCAACUCCCGGCGGUCUCUUUUUGCCGCGACCGCUGUGACAUCCUCGACGACGCUCUCCGGCAGAGCUACGCCCUUGCCGAUGCACACGUGGCAUACAUGCAAUCGCUCAAGACUUUGAGCCCCACUCUUCGGCAUUUCUUCGAUCAAUGUUUCAAAUCUACGUCUGGCAAUGACUCCGCCGUCUCCACCGAGAAACCGCCGAAGCAAGCUUCUCCCCUCUCCUCGCCGGACCGUUCUCUCUCGAGUUCAAACUCAGAUUCGCACAUUCAGUUCGAUACUGAUUUGGAAGAGGAUGAGGCAGACAAAGAUUUCAGUACUUCUUUAAACGAAAUACAUUCAAGUUAUCAUAAUCAUGGCAUCCUUACAUCCUAUUCUUUGCCUAAUCCUAAUUACCACGGUAAUACCUACCAGAACAGCGAAUUCAGUGGUUCAGGCUGGAAAACACCGCCACCUCCGGCUCCGAAGAGCGCAGCUUGGGAUUACUUGAAUUUUUUUGAUGAACUUUACGAGAGAUACGAGUUGCCUUAUACUUCGAGCAAAGCUGUGAAGAACAAAGAAGGAUCUAAUGACGAUGAAGCACAGCUAGUAAAACAAAUUCAUGGAGAAGAAAAAUCCAUUGCAAAUGAUAGAAAAGCAAAAGGAGAAGAAAAGCCGAGAGGAGAAACUGUUUCAGUAAAGAAGAAAGUAGAUUCAGCGACCGAGAAAGUUGAGAAGACGACUGAUUUAAAAGAACCCAAAGUUCAAAACGAUAAACUAAGUGUUUCUGAGGUAAUGAAAGAAUUGCAGGUUCUGUUUGAGAAAGCUUCUGAGUCCGGAAACGAAGUUUUGAAAAUGCUCGACACUGGAAAAUUUCGUUACCAUCACAAAAAAUCUGUUUAUCAAGGUUCUACCCAGAUACUUCAUAUCAUUACUUCAAAUUCAUCGGAAACAGAGACCUUACUGUCGAAAGACAAGGUUAGUUCAACGGAGAACGAUGAGAUUGAUAAUGCACAGAAUCUAUCUUCCAUUCUCAGGAAAUUGUGCAUGUGGGAGACCAAACUCUAUGACGAAGUCAAGGCUGAGGAAAAGCUGCGUAUAAUUCAUGCAAAGACGUGUAGGCAGAUGAAAAGCUUGAAUCAGAAGGGUGGUAAUGCUCGCAGAGUUGAUUCCACUAGAACUUUGAUAAGGGCUGUAUCUACUAAGAUGAGAGUCGCAGUUCAAGUUAUUGACAAGGUAGCAGUUACUAUAAAUAAGCUAAUGGAUGAGGAGUUGUGGCCAGAGGUCAAUGAACUGAUUCACAGAUUGUUUAGAAUGUGGAAGGUAAUACUAGAAUGCCAUAGCUGUCAGUGCCAAAAGGUUAUGGAAGCCAAAUGUUUGGAUUUCAUUGCUCUGAAUGAUAAGCUUAAUGAUUCUCAUCUUGAAGUGGCAAUGAGACUAAAGCUUCAACUUCAAAACUGGAGUCUUAGUUUCUUUAGUUGGAUUGAAGCUCAGAGGGGGUUUGUCAAAGCUUUGAAUGGUUGGCUUCGAAGAUGUCUCCUAUAUGAACCUGAUAAAGCAACAGAUGGAGUAUCACCUUUAUCUCCUGUUAGAAGCAGAACACCAACAGUGAUUGUGAUCCUUAAUAUGUGGUCGGAAGCUAUGGAUAAAGAUAAACUGCCGGAGAAGGAAGUGGGUGAAGCGGUACAUGGAUUGUUAAUGAGUGUGAACCAAGUGGUGGAACAGUAUAAUGUAGAUUUGCAGCAAAGGAUUAUUGCUGAUAAGGAUAUGGAAAGAAAAGUAAAGAUCUUAGAAAAAGAGGGGCAAAAGAUGCAAAAGUUAAUGCAAGCUCAAGUGAAGAAGAUGACACGGAUCGCAAGGGAAGAAAGCGAUGUCCUUCUACCGAGAGACGCCACGCCUCGUAGUGAUAUCAGGGAUGCUACUAGUUUAGUAAAUGGUCUAAAGCAGAUUUUCAUGGGAAUGGAGAAGCUUGCUAACCAUUCCAGGCAAGCUUAUGAGGAGCUUCAUAAAUACAUGGAAGAGAGCAGGGCCACUCAAGAAUACCCUUAAACAUCUCAUGCUUAAUGUAUAAUUGCUUAGUUAUUAUGGAAAAUUAUUAGAUUGUGGUAUUGGCAGGGGAUCUAAAACUGGCUGAUUCAGACUUGGUUUACCCUGAUGCAUGGCUCUGAAAUAACUCAUAGCUAUUGCCUUUUUGAAGAUCAGGUUUUGAUUGUAUUUUGCCUAAAAUUUGCCAAUGUGCUUCGGCAAGGUAGCCAAUUUUUUAUAUCGACAACACUGUAUACUAGCCACCAUAUUAUUAAUUUCUUAUUCCUUUUUACCUUUCA